AUGUAUUAAUUAAUGCUAUAAAAAUAAAAGUAAGAAGAAUUUAAUACAAAGUUUAUUACAAGAGCCAAAAAGGGGAUGUUGAAGAGAUUCUUUUUUUAUGAUCGAACCCUUAAUUAUAUAGAAACUCUAAUCUUCACAGAAUUUAGUGGUCGUAAGUAAAUAAUUCCAAUGAGAAAUACUUAAUGUUUAAAACCGACUUGCAUUUAUGAUAUUGAUGAACUGUAUGAGAGAUAUGAGAAAUCAAAUUAUUCAAGUUAUGCAAAUUUUAUGUGUCAUACUUGUAGAAAGAUGAUUGAUUUAUAGGGUUUUUAUAUGGAUGAAGAUUUAAGGAAGAUUAUUGAUGUUAUAUGGAACACUUAUAAUAAAUUCAGUAUAUAAUGUUAAAAAGCAGCCAUCUUCAAAGAUGGUUCAUGGGAAGCUGUACUUCCAGAAUAUUUAAAAAGAAUGUAUCGUAAAAAUGUAGAGGAAUAUGAUGUGAAAUAGAAUGAUGAUGAUUUUAUUGAUUAACCUGACGAAAUAAUUAAAUUUGAGUUGCCAUUAUUGCAUGAAUUUGAUGUGUAGGAAUAUGCAGAAUUAUUAGAAUAAGAAGAUAGGGGAGAUGAGAGACAUCAUGAUAGUGACAUCUUAUUGAGACGAUACAAUUUAUAGAUCAAAUGGGGAGAAUUUGCAUAAUUUAAGAAUUAAGUUGCAGUUUCAAUAAAUAUUAUGGGAAUAUUUAUGCAUUAUUUACAUGAUUAUCUUGAAGAUAGAAAAAAUACAAUGAAAAUGCAAGCCAAACUUAAAUUAGGUGUAUUAUGUAUUAAAGUUAUAUCUUAUGAUCGCUUCUCUAAAAGAGCAGAAUUCUUCUUUCUCUCUGACAAUUUAGAAGGACCAAAAGCAAAUUAUACUGAAUAUGAAUAAGUCAUUAUUGCAAUAUAUUAUGAUGAGAGAUGGAUAGCUUUAAUUUGUGAUAUUGAAGCAAGGAGAUUAAAAAUGAUUGAUUUUCUUGAAGAAACUAUAGCUCGUACUACUCUUGAUGAAGUAUACGAAUUAGGAUAAUAUUUGAUUUCUCAAAUUUUUCAACCUUAUAAAUUUCCCAAGAAUCCUUCUAGAGAAUUACUUAUUGGUUAGAUUCAAGAAGAUAUGAGAAAUGAAAUUCCUAGAAAAAUAUAAUUAUAUUGUGAUUGUGGUCAUCAUGUAGCAUAAUAUUUCUAUUAUUACAUAUUAGAAGAAAUAGAAUUGAUUAAGAUUCAACAGAAAUGGCCAUAAGAUGUAGGUGUUAAAUAGAAGAUACAUAAUGUUAAAUAUAAAUUAGGGGAAUAAGAUUAUUUUACUGCUAAAAUAUGUUGGGUAUUACUUAAAAUGUCAUAAAAUACUGGUUUCAAAAUUCUUGUUUAUGAUAUGAAACCAAAAGAAAGAGUAGAGAAAGAUACUCUAGAUGAUUUUGUAAUAGAAUAAGCUAGAUUGAAAGCAGAGAAACUUUGGGAUGAUAACAAUAAAUAACCAAAACAAACAACAUUUUAAAUUGUUCAUGGUUUAAAUUAAGUUGAAGAUGUUGUAAUAUCGAAAAGUGGAAUUGAUAAAUAAGAAGACUAAAAGUAAAAUAAAUAAAAAAGUAGAGUAGAAAAAUAUUGGGGAGUAGAAAGUGGAAUUUAAUUUAAUAAUUAAAGAAAUUUAUAACCUAAUUAUGCAUAAUAAUAAUACUAAUAAAAGGAUAAUUCUUUGUUGAGUAAUUUGAGUUUUCAGUUUGGUAAUUAAGAUAAACCAACAGUGAGACAUUAAUCAUAAAUAUAAGAUGAUUCUAAAUCAAUACAAGAUGUUUUAGGAUAAUUAAGUGGUAAUAAUAAUAAUAAUAAUAAAAAUAAUAAUAAAAAUAAUAAUAAAAAUAAUAAUAAUAAUAAUAAUAAUAAUAAUAAUAAUAAUAAUUAAAAAAAAGAAAAACCUUUCUUAGUUAUGCCAAAAGCAUAAUUAUAGUAAUAUUUAUCUGAUUAUAAACAAUAAAUUAUUAAAGAAUAUAAAUAGUAAGCUUUAUUGAAAGGAUACAAAUAAUAAUUGAUUGGAGAAUUUAAUGUAAGCUAAAAGAAAAAACCAGGAGAGUAUGAUUCAAAACAAUUAACUGAAAGUCAAUAUCAUAGAUUAUUAUUAAAUUUAGAUAAAAGUUUGAAUUAAAGUGAAAAGAAAGAAUUGAAAUAACUGUAAUCUGAAUUGGGCUUAAAUGAAUAAGAUUUGGCCAAUUUAGAUGCCUAUCAAUAUGAUCAAUUACUUGAUAUGAUGAAUUAAUGA